AUGGAUUUGAACUCAGUGCAAGAUCUCAAGGGUGUGCUUCGGCCUGACUUCUUCCAUGGCUACGCCACAGCAGCAGCCCAAAUAGAAGGCGCCUGGAACAAGGAUGGCAAGGGCGUCUCCAUUUGGGAUACAUUCGGCCACACCCCGGGCAAAAUCGCCGAUGGAAGCAACGCCGACGACGCCGUCCGAGCGUACGACUUCUACCGCGAAGAUGUGGCGCUCAUGAAGUCCUAUGGCGUAAACGCCUACCGCUUCUCUCUCUCCUGGUCCCGGAUCAUCCCCCUCGGUGGCGCAGACGACCCCGUCAACGAGCAAGGCAUCAAAUUCUACUCCGAUCUCAUCGAUGAACUCCUCCGCAAUGGAAUCACCCCCUUCCUCACCCUGUUCCACUGGGAUAUCCCCCAGGCCCUGGAAGAUCGGUACGGCGGCAUGUUAAACCAGGACGCCUACACGCCGGACUUCGUGCGCUACGCCCGCGUCUGCUUCGAGCGCUUCGGCGACCGCGUCAAGCACUGGAUCACCUACAAUGAGCCAGGUGUCUAUACCCUCGCCGGGUAUGCAGCGGGCGUGCACGCGCCAGGAAGAUCAUCUUUCCGUGAGCGAAAUGAGGAAGGCGACUCGUCCACCGAGCCGUUCACCGUCGCGCACACUGAGCUUGUCUCGCACGGUCAUGCUGUGCGCUUGUAUCGUGAGGAGUUCCAGCCCCAGCAAAAGGGAACUAUCGGUAUCACACUGCACGGUAACUGGUCUGAGGCGUGGGAUGAGGAGGACCCACGCGACCAGGAGGCUGCUGAGCGUGCGCGCGAGUUUGAGAUCGCUUGGUUUGCGGAUCCGCUGUACAAGACGGGUGAUUAUCCUGCGUCGAUGCGAGCGCAGCUCGGUGAUAGAUUGCCCAAGUUCACCGAGGAGGAAUCGAAGCUUGUGUUUGGGAGCUCGGAUUUCUAUGGCAUGAAUAGCUACACGACCUUCUUCGUGAAGCAUAGGACAGCUGAGCCGGAUAUCAAUGACCACAAGGGCAAUGUGGAGGUCUUUGAUGAUAAUAAGCAAGGCGUGUCUCGUGGGGAGGAAAGUGAUACCCCGUGGCUGCGUACUGCGCCUGUGGGAUUCAGGAAGCUGUUGAACUGGAUCUAUAAACGAUACCAGAUGCCGAUUUACAUCACUGAAAAUGGUACCACCGCCAAGGGUGAAACGGCCCCCACGCCUGAGGUUCUUAAUGAUGAGUUCCGCAUCAGGUUCUUUGAGGGCUAUGUCGGCAAUGCAUUGGCACGAGCUGUGAAGGAAGACGGAGUUGAUAUCCGGUCUUACUUUGCUUGGACAUUCACUGAUAAUUGGGAAUGGGCCGCUGGAUAUGCGGAUCGCUUCGGUUGCACUUUUAUCGACUUUGACUCCGAAGAAAAGACUCGCUAUCCUAAGCACCAGAUCUCUAUCUACGACACCAUGUUCCAGUACACCUCCAAAUUAGCGUGGAAAGAUGUGCGCGAAGUCGCAAGUGAAUUUCAGUCCACCCUCCAGAUCCUAACACCUCACAUAUUUACGGAGAUGGAGGGUAUUGCAGAGGGCGCUGGGCUAGAUGUUCUUGAUAUAAUCGCGCUCAACUGCCGAAGCGAGAUCGCGCUAGGACGAUUCUCCGAUGGCUGUACGUCAUUAUGCUGGAGAAAAAGCGAGACGGCGCGAGUACUCUCGCAGAAUUGGGACUGGACGGCGACUGUCAAGAAGAACCUAGCGAUGGUAUCGAUUGAGCAGGUUGGGAAACCGACCAUCUAUAUGGUUACCGAGGCAGGAAUCGUCGGCAAGAUUGGGUUUAAUACCAACGGUGUCGGAACUUGUCUUAAUGCAAUCCGUGCCAAGCCGAUGAUUAGUAGCAAGGUCCCGAUUCACGUUGCGCUUCGGCUCUGUUUGGAGAGUACUUCUGUCGACAACGCUGUGGAAACCCUCGAGUCGCUGGGCGGUGUUGCCUCUGCUCAGCAUAUCCUUUGUGCAGACAGUACCAAAGCACUGGGACUUGAGCUAUCGCCGGUGGGAGACAAGCAUAUCGCCGAGGAUACGUCGGGGAUUAUCGGCCAUACCAAUCACUUCCUUGAGAAUCGCUAUGUGAAUGAGCCGCCGUGGCUGUCCGGGUCACCUAUCCGACUCGAGCGUCUAGGGGAAUUGACUCGGGGCUUAAUGGAUACCGGUAUUCAGGGCGACGAUAUUACACCUACUUUGCUGCGAGAAUGUGUCUUCUCUGAUACGUAUAACAAGCCUCAGUCUAUAUGUUGUCAAGAGGAUCCAUCGCGUCAUAUCUCGAAUCGAAGUAGUACUUUGUUCAACAUUGUUAUGAACUUGGACCCGAGGAAUUUGGGCGCGGAGGUGGUCUUUGGUCGGGUUGGGUCUGGGGAGGAAGGGUCUGUGUUGACAAUGCCUUGGUGA